AUGCGGUCGACAAGUUUUGUGGACUUUGUAGACAAAGUACUGGCUUUGCAUCACGGCUUCACUCUAGAGAAAUUCUCUUUGAAGACUAUAUAUAUCUAUGAUCCCGUUGAUCCAGAACGUGUCGUUCCUUGGAUUAACAAAGCGUUGGCACUUAAUGUAUCGGAUCUCCAUCUAGUCAUGAAUUGGGGUCAGCGUGUGCAUUUUCUGCUACCUUCAAAUAUCUUCUCGAGCAAGACAUUGGUUAGGCUGAUUAUAAAUAAUGUUGGAGAAGACUCUACUAUUGAUGUUGACGAUUUUCAUCUGCCAAAGCUUAAGACUCUCCAUCUCAAGUCAGUUUCGUUUGGCAAGGAGAAUACUGGGUUUAGCAAGCUUGUUGCGGGUUGUAAGGUGCUUGAAGAACUAACUCUGGAGGGUAUACGCUCGGAUAUGUGGGAGUCUUUCUCCGUCUCUCAUACAACUCUCAAGACACUAAAGUUUGGUUCUGAGCAGCACAAGGAGGCCUUCCACAGUCCAAGCAGUGUUGUUUCGUUUGAUACUCCAAAUCUGGUCUACUUGGAAUGUACUCAAGUUCUCGCUCGCAAGUACCUGAGAGUGAAUUUUGAUUCACUUGUUGAAGCCAAAAUCGAUUUUCGCCUUACAAGCGAGCAGGAAAGAAAGGCAAUGUCUAUAGCCGACGCAGAAUUAGAGGCCUACGGUAAUGAAGAAAACUAUUUGUUUGGUGAUGCUACAAAAUUUAUCAAGGGAAUUUGCAAUGUUCAGCGCCUCUUCUUAUCUCGCUCAACUCUCGAGGUACUCACGUUCUGCUGCAAAGCAAUACCGAUAUUCAGCAACCUGACUCAUUUGACUAUCAAGAGUAUGCAGAUUUUUGAAUGGGAAUCAUUAGCAGUUCUACUCAAGCGUUGUCCAAAUGUGGAAACUCUCCUUUUCAAAGGACUCCUCCAUCACUGCAGAGACGAUGUGUAUUUGUGCAAGUCAGAGGAUCUUACUUUCUUGUCAACAAGUCAUGUGGAAGUGGUGAAGAUAUUUAUAGAUGAUGGAAAAACAGAGAAGCACAUAGAGCAAGUGAAGCACUUAUUGGGGACAAUGACAAAUCUUGAACAACUGGUUUUAUACUAUGACUCAUCAUCAUUUGACGAAGAUUUGAUUCAAGUGUCAACCCAACUCCAAAUGCGAGCUAGCUUAGUUUCACCAAAGUGCAAUGUCCAACUCAUCCCUAAUCUCCUAAACGCUAUCACCGAGAAUGUGUGGUCUCUUCCUUCAGGGAACACUAGGGAGGCUGCAGAAGCAUACCUUGUUGGUCUCUUUGAGGACACUAACCUCUGCCCCAUUCAUGCCAAGCGUGUCACCACGAUGCCAAAAGACAUGCCAAACGUGCUCAAGUGUGAUGGGGAAGUUGGUCGGAUUAUGUGA